CACACAGCCUAGUCAAAUAAAAACCCUUUCAGUCCUCCACACACCAGCACACCAUACACAUAUGAUCACAUAUCAUCACUAGCAGCACCUCAGCUCUCUUGUUGUUUCACAUUAUAACAUGGCCUCCACCCCUCUCACUCUCAUUCUCCUGACCCUAACAAUCUGCCUGAGAGCCCAAGCCCAAGCCCAGGCCCCAGCACCCUCCCCCUCGGGCAGCCUGAACCUGACAGCCAUCCUGGAAAAAGGUGGGCAAUACACAACCCUAAUCCGGCUCCUGAAGGAGACCCAACAACUGACCCAAAUCGAGAGCCAACUGAAAUCAAACUCGCAGGGCUUCACUCUCUUCGCCCCCACCGACAACGCCUUCAUGAACCUGAAAUCCGGCGCCCUCAACGGCCUCAGCGACGACCAGAAAGUGAAGCUCAUCCUCUUCCACGUCACCCCCAAAUACUACUCCCUCUCCGAUCUCUUGACGGUGAGCAACCCCGUGAGGACGCAAGCCACCGAGAAAGAAGGCACGUGGGGGCUCAACUUCACCGGAAAGGGACAACAACUCAACGUCUCCACCGGCGUCGUCGACACGCCCGUCAACAACGCCCUCAGGCAGCAGUUUCCGCUCGCCGUUUACCAGGUCGACAAGGUGCUGCUGCCGUUGGAGCUUUUCGGAGAAAACCAAAAGUCUCCCUCUGCUCCUUCUCCCAAGUCUUCCAAAACUUCGCCGGAAACUCCCACCGUUGCCGCCAAGGCUGGUGGAGCUCCUUCUCCUUCCGGUGACCAGAAGGACACUGCGCCUCCCAGGAAUUUGGCUCUUGGGCUCGUCCUUGCUGGGCUUGCCUUCUUUUGCAUGGGGGUUCUCUCUUGAUCAUCACACGUACAUUGUAACUUCUGUAUCUUUUGCUUUCCAAUAUCUUCUUCUUUCUCUUUUGCAUGGGGCUUCCGUUUGUUUCUUCAGACUCAUUCUUUGUAUUUAAUGCUUCUUUUGUGUUCUUUUUCACAUGUAUUUAGUUUAAUGCUUGUUUUAUAUUUUGGAUCACGGGAAGAGUUUGUUUGAUUGUAAGGAAAAAUAAAACACCUACUUUAAUUUUUUGUUUUUUAUUUCACAUCCAAAACACGUAAAUAAAUAAAUAAAAAUUGAUGCU